AUGGAGACCAAAUCAGUUCCAGAACUCCAACAUCCUCCCAAGGAGAUAAAUAUCGCCAACCACACUUUUACAUCUUUUAUUAUGAAAAAAAGUGAUCAAAGAAGGGACAUGAUGAUGAAUCCAAUAGAUUCAUGUUGGCGAUCAAACCCAGAUUGGGAGACCAAUCGAAGAUCCUUAGCAGAUUGUGGUUUUGGUUUCGGCCAAAAUGCUAUGGGAGGGCGCAACAGUGAGAUAUACCUUGUGACUCGAGAAGAACCCCUUUGGAUAGUUUUCCAACGGGAUUUGGUUAUAACACUCAAAAAGGAACUUAUGAUACGCAGCCACAAGACCGUUGAUGGGAGAGGAGUCCGAGUGGAAAUCACAAGAGGACCUUGCAUUGAAAUAGAGAAUGUCAAACAUGCUAUCAUUCAUGGAAUCAGCAUUCACGAUUGCCGAAGACGAGUGGGUUUAGUUCAAAUCACUCCAACACUUGCUAGCCGUGGAAAGGCCGGUUGCAGUGAAGAUGAGCAGGAAUGCGGUGGUGAUGCUAUAAACAUCAAAAAUUCCUCACAUUUGGAUAGAUCAUUGCUAUCUAUCCAACUGUGCAGAUGGGCUUAUUGA